AAAAGGCCAGUCACUUCCUGAGCAGUAAUCUGCCUGUGUGCAGUAGAUAGAUCCUCAUUGUUUGCCACUUCCAGUUUCCAGUAAUGGGAAUGAUUAUUUGACCAAUAUCAGUCCGUGUGUGGUGCUCGGGUCCUGUAAAAACACUCAUGUGCUCUAUCUUCGGUGUUGAAGCUGCACUGCUGGAUUGUGCACUCUGAGAAGAAGAACUGAAAGCACUUUGUGGUAGAAAGUCCUUUGAGGAGGAAACUACUGGGACAAAUGAACAUUUCUUUAUUCCGGAAUUUUACAUCCGCUUUCCGAGGACGGGAUGUAUUGUGUGUUGCUGUUGAUCCUUUUACAGUGUUGCAAGCUGAAAGCCCAAGAUAAUGUGUUCACCAUCAAUAACAUUAUACUCCGUGCUGAUCCAUCUGAACAAGUGGAGAAUGGAAAGCCAGUCACCUUGUACUGUACUGUGGACAUCAGCAAGAGCGAACAUUUCCAGCUGAAUUAUACAUUUUCAUUUUCCAGGAAUGACAAAUUUCUGUUCAAUAAAACAUCAGAGCGAAACCAGAUAGAAUAUAUCAUUCACAGGGCUAGAUUUUCUGAUUCAGGAAAUUAUGAGUGUACACUGAAUGUUGAGGGGAAAACAAAAUCCAGCCAACCUUUGACUAUUAAAGUAAAAGGAAUAAGACAGCCAAAACUGACUGUCCAGAAAACAGAAGUGCAGGAAGGUGAAAAAGUAUUUUUACGCUGUGAAGUGCCAGAAGAAACCCCACCAUUUCAUUUCAUAUUUUAUAAAAUCCCACAGUCUCAACAUAUGCAAACAAAGGAGAAGAUAAGAGGACCAGAGAAUAAAAACUUUGCAGAGAUUGAAUUCCUAAUUGAUGUAGGCGACAGAAUUUUGUAUUUUGAAUGUGUUGUUCAAAUUCUCACAGUGUCAGGGAAUGAGAGAUCAAACCCCAGUAACAAAACAAUGGUUACUGUUCAUGAACCAUUUUCCAAACCUGAAAUAAAUAUCCAGCCACCACAGAACAUUACAGAAGGAGAUCAAAUGUGUGUUGAAUGCAAAACUGUCCUGCUCCGCCCAGAUCAAAUUGAAAUAAUCAUCCAGAAGGACCGAACAAUUCUUAACAGCACAAAGGGCAGAGAGACUGUGAAAUACUGCAAGGUAGUCACCAAAGAGGACCAUGGUGAAUAUAUUUGCAAAGCUGAACUUUCGAGCGUGUCCAAAACUGGCACAGUAAAUGUUAACAUAUCUGAACUGUUUUCUAAACCAAAACUGAUUCUUCAGAAAAGACACUUGGAUGAAAACAGCCUGUUGAAAAUUCAGUGUCAAGCCGAUGGGCCAGAGCAAAUACAUUUCUCCCUCCUACAGGACAACAAAGUGUUGGUAAAUUCCAGUGUCUAUAACACAACAGCCCAUGUAGGAGACAGUGGAAGCUACAUUUGUAAGGCCAAGGUAAAAGGGAUUACCAAGAAAAGUGAACCCAUCCAGGUAUAUGUUUAUGCUCCUGUCUCUCGGCCAGUCCUUUCCCGACCAGUCCCCCAGGUAAUAGUGCUGGGGAAGUAUUUCCAGUUAAAGUGCCGUUCUGACAGAGGGACUCUGCCUAUUACGUAUAUUCUCUACAGAGGAAACGUACCAGUUGGCAACCAAACUGUGACAGAAAAAAACAUAUCAGCGUUGUUUCAGGUCAAAGCCACUAGUAUGGAGGAUCCAGGAGAAUACAGAUGCUCUGCUCAAAAUGGCCAUUCCAUUAUGCAAAAAAGCAUUGGGCACAACAUCACAGUGAUAGCUCCAGUUGCUGAUAUAAACCUGGGAGGAAUUCAAGAAGGGGAUGUGGAAGAUGGCCAAGAACUCACACUCUUAUGCACUGUUGGUUCAGGGUCUUUUCCAAUUAACUUCAGCUUCUUUAAAGAAAAUAGUGCAAAAUCAUUGUAUCAGAUCACACAGUCUGAAAAACGUGGAGCAAUUUGGUACAGAGAAGGCAUCACAAAGCAAGAUGGAGGGAAAUACUAUUGCAGAGCUGACAACCAAGCAAAAUCACCUCUAUUGAGCAAGAUAGUGACUGUAAAUGUUGUUCUGGCUUCGUGGAAGAAAUGGCUCAUUUCAACCAUUGUCCUGCUGCUGCUUCUUGCUCUUGGAAUUGCAGUUCUGGUUAGGUACUGUUUUAAGAAGAAAAAAGCUAAAGGGAGUUCUAUGGAGUUGGCAAGGUCCAAGCCUGAGAAGCUGACAUCAGUACAGAACAAUGAAGGGGAAUUCUAUUAUGGAUCUGGUUAUAAUGAAGAUGGUGAAACAAAUCACAUAAAAUCAAAAGAGGAUAAUAAAGGUCCUGACUCUGAGAAUUCCGAGGUGGGAUAUACUGAAGUGGAAGUGUCGGUUGGCAACCCUUAUAGAGGUAAUGACUGUGCUGGCUUAUGCACUUUUGCAACAGGUAUAGCGGGAGCCUCCCUGUUGAGUGAUGGCUGCGUAAUUCUGCAGAUCACUUCAGAAAGGGCAGGAAUAGGCCUUCAACUGUCAAAUCACACCAGUAAACAGGAAGAAACAAAGCCUCUGCUUCAAGGGCUUGCAGGUGUUCCUUCUAGAUUGUUUAUUCAUUCGUAUACCCUUUUUGUUCCGCUCAUCAGACAGAAGGGCCACCUGCACACAGCCGUGUCUGGAAAGGAGAUGAGGCAAUGCCAUAGGGCUUCCAGUGCUCAAAAUGUCCACUGCCCUCCCCACAGAGUAGUUCACAUUGUGUUGAUUGCAAAGAACGCAUAAGCAGCUGUGGGGAUCUGCAGUGACACCAUGAAACGCUCUCUUCCCUGACCCCUUUAAAAAUAGUUUUAAGAAAAACCUUGGCACAUCUUGAGGCAGCCUUCAUUUUCUCCCUUUAUAGUCUCUUGACUUGUUAUUUCCUUCUUCCCCCUGAGCUUCAGCUUCACAAUUGCCCCCCAGCUCUUCAGCUCUCUGUUUCUCUCCCCCACCCCAGCCUCUAGCUUUGCUCCUUCUCUCUCUUCUGACUCUUUGCCUUGCUUUCCCCCCUCCCAGCUUCUAGCCUCCUAUUUCUCCCCCCACUUUAGCUCACUUUUCACUAGCCAGGCCACCACAGCGGCCAUUAGAUGAUCGGCAAUGUCCAGUGUGGAGGCCAUUUUGUGGUAGUGCCCACAACAGUUCCUCAAGUUCCAGUAGGUCCAGAAAAGAAGGGGACACGUGGUGCAAAAUAUAUUUCAUUGGUGGGUAUCUGUGGGCAAUUAAUGUUUUUAAACAAUGAGUAGAUUAGGCAAGUAAGUCAACCUACAGGCUACAGGAAAGCCCCACUUUUAAAUGCCACCCUUAAAAAGGACAGGGGGAAACACUGACGGCACUUUACCAUGCAUGCCCAGACAGUGUCAGCGCAUAUCCUCAGGCAGCCACUUUGCACAUUCCUUAGCAGUGGAUUCUAGUGCAGCCGAUCGUGCUCCAUGGUGAUGUCACAAAGGAGGAAGUAGCGUUCCCCAUCCUGAUUAUGCCCUAGGAACUCGAUCUCUGCUUUAUAUCCUUGUGUUGCAUACCUGGCCAUUAAGGAAGUGUGAAGAUGGGAGGCUGUCCUAAGCUGCUCCUUGUUUCUGACAAUAGUAUUUGUGCCAGUGAAACAAAAUGGAAACAGAAUGGCAUGACACAGGAUUCUGAAUGCUGCUGCGCAAUCCUUCCUCACUCAUCUAGACUGUCCCCAACAUCUGAAAUGUCCUUGCUGCAUGGGUGACUGCUGACGCCUUGUCCUUACCUUGGAAUUGUGCUCAAAGCCGGAAUGCAGCCCUUCUGUUUCCGACCUGCAGUUGAGCCUCCCUUGGCUGAGAUCCCAUUGCAAUGCAGCUACCUGAGCUGCCAUGUCAGAGCAGGGAGGGGGGUCUCAGCACGGACGGUGCACUUCAGUUUCAUUGCUUUUCAGCUAGGCCUGAUCCUGAGUUAUGUGCACCUAAACCAACUGAAAUCAUAGUUGGCAUCCUGAGUGGUGGAUAAGCUAGGCAGGAUCAUGCCAGGUCAGUUUCUGCAAAUGCUGUGUGACUAUGAAGGGACUCUACAUGCACCCAUGCUGUGCCUCCCGUGCUAUAGAAAGCUGUGAUGAUCUCAUAGGAUAUUUUAAACAUAAAGCCUUACAAGGUUAAAUAUCCUUCAGACUACCAUGCCAGCACAUUUCCUUUUUCCUAGCUCAAAUGUGUCACUCCCAGGCUGGAUGCAAACUUCGAGUCAUGUCAUAGGCUGUCCACGCCAUGGAACAAUCUCCACCAACACCACCUAAGUGGGGAUUACUAAGGAGUUGGCUCACUUAUUAUGGUCCUCCCCUC